CUCACCUAUAUCUUGCCUCCAACCUGUCGCUCGUUUUCUCUAGACGUCUACUCGAGCUACACUGACCUGCCGCUAUGCCAUCGACCGGCCCAUCUCGCAAGACAAAGCCCGACGUCGUCGUCCUCGGGAGCGGCGUCUUGGGUCUAUCCAUCGCCAUCGAACUCGUGAAGAAAGGCCACCUACCGCUCAUCGUAGGCAAGGACCUGGCCGAGGAUGUCAAUAGUACCGGGUUCGCUAGUCCAUGGGCAGGAUGCAACUGGUACUCUUUCGCUGCGAACGACGAUUUCUCCAACCGAAACUACGAUCAGCGGACGUUCGAACGUCUACCCAAGCUCGCCAAAGAGCAUCCGAAUUUGUGCGAGAUGAUCCCCUUUGUGGACGUCUGGAAUGACGGCGAGGUAGAAGACCUCUGGUUCAAGGACCUCGUUCCCGAGUACGAGCGAUGUGGACCCGGACAAGCACCAGCGGGUUACAAACAAGCGAUCAAGUUCAAAUCCUUCAUCCUCCACGCACCCGACUACAUCGCCCACCUCGCCCAAACCCUCCAAAACUCCGGCGUGACAUUCCUCAAACGUCGAGUAUCAGCACUAGACGAAGCCUACAACCUCCAACUCCCAGCGGACCUUGCCGAAAAGUUCGGCCUUUCCGGUGAUGGGUAUAAUGGAAGGCUCUCCGUGGACCUGGUCGUCAACGCUACAGGACUCGGAGCGAAGAGCUUGGUCGGGGUCGAGGACGAUACCGUCUACCCGAUCAGGGGGCAGACGGUGCUCGUCAAGAGCGAUCUGGCGGGAGGAAAGGGGAAGCGGUGUUACAUGGGAACCCGAAAUCUGAACGUCGGAGCUGACGGCAAGCCAUCGGUCCCCGCAUACAUCAUCCCCCGACCCGGACCUAGCAAUCACAUCAUCCUCGGUGGAACUUUCGUGAAAAACGAAUGGUCCACCUCGCCCGACCUAUCCGUCUCCGAACGGAUCUUGCAAGACUGUUUCAAGCUCAACCCGGACCUCGCUGGACCCGAACGACCUGGCCGGGAACGUACAUGGCGGGACAUCGAGGUCGUCAGUCACAACGUCGGGCUCAGACCGGCAAGGGAAGCCGGAGUGCGUGUCGAAUUGGAAGAACGGACGGUCAACUCGCCCGGGGUCGAACAUCCUUUGAUUCCCGGUCCCAAGAACAAGAACAAGAAUCAGGCCGAAAUCGGGAACAAGGAUAAUGCGAAGAGGACGACGAGGAACAAGGUCGCCGUCGUACACGCUUAUGGGAUCGGACCGGCCGGCUUUCAGGCGAGCUUGGGGAUCGCGGAAAAGGCGAGCGGGUUGGCGGACGAUUGGUUACGGGCUGCUACGAGCGAGGGGUCUUCGAUCAGGAGCAAGUUGUAGUAUUACUUAGGAACAGGUUGUAGGCGA